AUGUCCGGGCGUUUUGUUCGUUCCUCUAAAUAUCGCCACGUCUUCGGGCGUUCGACGAGAAAGGAUCAAUGUUACGAUAACCUUCGAGUCUCGCGCAAUGCCUGGGACACCAACCUCCUCAAGGUCAACCCGAAGCACAUCGCAGUCAAUUGGGAAGCAGGCGGUGGUGGAGCCUUUGCGAUUAUUCCUCUUGAAGAACGCGGCAAGCUUCCUGAGCGCAUUCCCUUGUGUAGGGGUCACACUGCUGUUGUUCUGGACACCGACUGGAACCCUUUCAACGAUGAUCUAAUUGCCUCUGGAUCUGAUGACGGCAAGGUCUUGCUCUGGCGGGUUCCGGAGAACUUCACCGUCCGACCCGAGGUCGAUUCCGAGGAAAUCAAGGACCUUGCGCCUGUUGGCAAGCUGAGCGGUCAUCCCAAGAAAAUCGGCCACGUGCUCUUCAACCCCGCGGCAGAAAACGUGCUGGCAACGGCCUCGGGCGAUUAUACUGUAAAGAUCUGGGAUAUUGAAGCUGGCAAGCCGAAGCUCACGCUAAACAUUGGUGACAUUGUCCAAUCCCAAUCGUGGAGUGCCAACGGCUCUUUGAUGGUCACCACCUCGCGUGACAAGAAGCUCCGUAUCUGGGAUGUGCGUCAGGAACGUCCUGCCCACGAGACCAAUGGUCACACCGGUGCCAAAAACAGCCGCGCUGUCUGGUUGGGAGAGCGUGAUCGCAUUGCCACCACCGGUUUCUCCAAGAUGAGCGACCGUCAACUGGCCCUCUGGGAUAUUCGUGCAGUACGGGAACCCAUCAAUGGUUUUAAGACAUUGGAUUCCAUUUCUGGCGUGUGCAUGCCAUUCUGGGACGAUGGUACCAACUGCUUGUACUUGGCUGGACGCGGUGAUGGCAACAUCCGCUACUUCGAGCUUGAAAACGACAAGUUCGAGUUCCUCUCCGAACACAAGUCUGCCGACCCGCAGCGAGGUGUUGCGUUCAUGCCCAAGCGUGGUGUGAACAUGCACGAAAACGAAGUUGCCCGCGCCUACAAGACUGUCAACGAUCAGUAUAUCGAACCCGUCUCGUUUAUCGUCCCCCGCCGCUCCGAGAACUUCCAAGACGAUAUUUACCUGCCCACCAUCGGUGUGACCCCCGCAAUGUCUUGCUCCGAAUGGCUGGGUGGCAAGGAGGCAAUCCCUCCCAAGAUCUCCAUGGCCAGCCUGUUCGAUGGUGAGGGCAUCAAGGAGGUUUCAGGGGUUGAGGAAAAGCCAACUGGCUCCAUGGAUUCCCCUGAGCCAACGCCUGCCGCAUCACCUAAGCCCACUGAGGCAUCCAAGGCUACUGAGCUCCCCAAGAAGACUCCUGAGCCCGCUUCGCCCAAGGCCUCGGAGCCUGCCCGGGAAUCGACCCCUGUUGCCGCACGUCCACCUCCAUCUAUGAAGGACCAAGGCGCUUCGAUGGCCUCCAUGGUGGACAAGUUCGCCGAUGGUGAAGAAGAAGGCAACGUCUCUGACGAUGACGACUCCAGUUUCGAGGAGGUUUCCAAGCCAGUUGAACGCCCCGUUCGCUCUGCCGCCGCGGCCGAGUCUUCUUCUCCUCGAGUUAGCAGCCCAUUGAGGCCGAAGGAGGUUGAGACAAAGCCUCAACCCACUAUCUCUUCCUCUAACGUCCCAUCCCCCGUCACCGAGACUCCCACGCCUUCCACCUCUGUCCCCCUGAAUGACAUUGAAGAGAUUAAAAACCUGAUCGCCGAGCAGACCAAGACGAUCGCCGAACAGGCCCAGCAAAUGCAAACUUUGACCGCCGAAAUCGAGGCAUUGAAGAGUAAGCUGAAAUAA